CUUCAAUACGAGUACCAUCAUAUAGACAGUCAGCAUCAUUACCGUGAUGACAACUGCAAGAUGGACAAUAUACUCCACACCCUUAUAUGUCUUGCACACACGUAGCUAACGAAAAACACUCUUAUAUAGCACCGCCUAGUAGCCUAACUGAUUAUCAGAGUACACAAACACACCUUUGCACCUUCUGAGAACUAUUGAAGCGCCCCAGAAUGGCAAACCACCACCCUCUCUUGUCUGCCUUGCCACAACCAUCACCCACCACAUACGGCGCCUCUCUAUCCGUACAGACCAGAGCCAAAAAUCUACUCAGCAUGAGCUCAAACACAAACACAUCCCCCUUAAAGAGGUCCAAAUCCACAAUCCCGAUGCCUGGGGCUAGACCGAAAAGGUUAUCGACUACUUCAAGUUUGGUGAAGAGAGGUUCGAUAAUGAUGAUGGGGGAAUUCGGUGGCGAUGGGUCGGGAGAUGAAAAUGCUGGAUUGAAAAGGAUGAACGACGAGCUGAACAAGACAGUUGCAGCAUUACGCGGUCGUAUAUCGGAGCUGGAGAGUGCUAUAGACCACGGCACAGGCCCAGAGGUUGAGAGACUGACAAAAGAGGUUUCUACCCUGGAAGAUCUGCUGGAGGAGACGCAACGAGAUAAUAAGGCGAAACAUGCUGAGAGUGAAAGACAGAAACAGUAUGUCAAGGACUUGGAGAACCUCUUGACUGAACUUGCUGGACCACACUGGCGUAUCCAUCACGGCAUUGUUUCUCCGCAUGCACCUACCGCAAACAAUGUCACCGCCCCUACCCCCCUUCCCAAACCCAAACCUAUCCAUUCUUUACGUCAUUCCGUCUCUUUUUCCAAUACACGUUCCGGUAGUAAACUGCACCACCGUACGAGCUCCAAUUUGGAAUUGGCCGCAUCAAGCAUAACUCUGCCGGGGAUGGCGUUGCAAUCUGUAAAAGAAGUCGGUGAAGCAGACAAUAAUACUCCCACAGGAGCUUUGAAGCGACUAUGUGUGAAUUCAUCCACAGAAUUAAAGGGCAUGGGACAGGACACAAGGAAGGCCAAAAAAGAGCUGGAGGACGUGGUGUUGGUCAAAACACCUAAACUAAAUAAUGAUUUGACGCUGGUCGAAAAGUGUGCUUUCUCAAAAGCAACACCGUGCCUCAAAUCAUGCGAUGUUAAUCAUGAAAAGCUGGGCCAGAUACUCGGUAUUCUCUCGUCACUUGACCCCGGCAAAUUGUUGGCUUUGAAUAAUGCGGGUCCCUGCGCAGAACCUCACGGCGAUGAGAAGGCAGCGAGAAUGCGUAAACAGGAAAGUAGUAUGCUUCGGCGCAUGCUCGAUGAACAGGAGAAGAGACUAAAUGAGCGAGAAGGGCGUUUAAAGUGGAUGGUGGAGAUGGUGCGAGCAGAGAAGGGUAAAUAUGAUAGCAGAUCCUGUUAGUAGUAGCAGCGCAAGGGUUUAGCCGUAGUAGUGAUAAAUGUAAUGAAAACGCU